CUGCUGCUGCUGCUCCUGUGCCCAGCGCACGUCGGCGGACUGUGGUGGGCUGUGGGCAGCCCCUUGGUUAUGGACCCUAUCAGCAUCUGCAGGAAGGCACGGCGGCUGGCCGGGAGGCAGGCCGAGUUGUGCCAGGCUGAGCCGGAAGUAGUGGCAGAGCUAGCCCGGGGCGCCCGGCUCGGGGUGCGAGAGUGCCAGUUCCAGUUCCGCUUCCGCCGCUGGAACUGCUCCAGCCACAGCAAGGCCUUUGGACGCAUCCUGCAGCAGGACAUUCGAGAGACGGCCUUCGUGUUCGCCAUCACCGCGGCGGGCGCCAGCCACGCCGUCACGCAGGCCUGUUCCAUGGGCGAGCUGCUGCAGUGCGGCUGCCAGGCGCCCCGCGGGCGGGCCCCUCCCCGGCCCUCCGGCCUGCCCGGCACCCCCGGACCCCCUGGCCCCGCGGGCUCCCCGGAAGGCAGCUCCGCCUGGGAGUGGGGAGGCUGCGGCGACGACGUGGACUUCGGGGACGAGAAGUCGAGGCUCUUUAUGGACGCGCGGCACAAGCGGGGACGCGGAGACAUCCGCGCGUUGGUGCAACUGCACAACAACGAGGCGGGCCGGCUGGCCGUGCGGAGCCACACGCGCACCGAGUGCAAAUGCCACGGGCUGUCGGGCUCGUGCGCGCUGCGAACCUGCUGGCAGAAGCUGCCUCCGUUUCGCGAAGUGGGCGCGCGGCUGCUGGAGCGCUUCCACGGCGCCUCACGCGUCAUGGGCACUAACGACGGCAAGGCCCUACUGCCCGCCGUCCGCACGCUCAAGCCGCCGGGCCGAGCGGACCUCCUCUACGCCGCUGAUUCGCCCGACUUCUGCGCCCCCAACCGACGCACCGGCUCCCCCGGCACGCGCGGCCGCGCCUGCAAUAGCAGCGCCCCGGACCUCAGUGGCUGCGACCUGCUGUGCUGCGGCCGCGGGCACCGCCAGGAGAGCGUGCAGCUCGAAGAGAACUGCCUGUGCCGUUUCCACUGGUGCUGCGUAGUGCAGUGCCACCGCUGCCGUGUGCGCAAGGAGCUCAGCCUCUGCCUCUGACCCGCCGCCCGGCACCUAGACUGACUUCGCGCAGCGGUGGCUCGCACCUCCGGGACCUCAGGGCACCGGCACCGGGCGCCGCUCGAGCCCAGCCUCUCCCUGCCAAAGCCCAACUCCCAUGCCUCUGGAAAUGGUGAGGCGACGGACUUGAGAGGAACACCCACCUACGAAGGCCCAGGGCGCCGGACGGCCCCGAAAAGGCGCUCCGGGAGCUUUUAAAGGACACUGUACAGGCCCUCCCUCCCCUUGGCCUCUAGGAGGAAACCAACAAGUCAGUCUAAAGGCCUCUGGAUACUGGGCUCCCCAGAACUGCUGGCCACGGGAUGGUGGGUGAGGUUAGUAUCAAUAAAGAUAUUUAAACCAC